GUGCGCGGCUGCUGUCGCAGAGUGAUAACGUGUGCGUCAGGCUGGGACUGUCAGUCAGAGUGCGGCCGGGGUUCGGGCCGAGUGGCCCGCUGGGCCGGUGCCGCUAUGGCGGCUGUGUUUGAUCUGGACUUGGAGACGGAGGAAGGCAGCGAGGGCGAGGGAGAGCCGGAGUUCAGCCCCACGGACGUGUGUUCCCUUUCCGAAUUGAGGACUGCUGGCCUGGAGCCUGUGGGACACUAUGAGGAGGUGGAGCUGACUGAGACCAGCGUGAACCUGGGCCCUGAGCGCAUUGGGCCCCACUGUUUUGAGCUGCUGAGUGUGUUGGGCAAGGGAGGCUAUGGAAAGGUGUUCCAAGUGCGAAAGGUACAAGGCACCAACUUGGGCAAAAUAUAUGCCAUGAAAGUCUUAAGGAAGGCCAAAAUUGUGCGCAACGCCAAGGACACAGCACACACACGGGCUGAGCGGAACAUCCUAGAGUCAGUGAAGCAUCCCUUCAUUGUGGAACUGGCCUAUGCCUUCCAGACUGGUGGCAAACUCUACCUCAUCCUUGAGUGCCUCAGUGGUGGCGAACUCUUCACACAUCUGGAGCGAGAAGGCAUCUUCUUAGAAGAUACAGCCUGCUUCUACCUGGCCGAGAUCACACUGGCCCUGGGCCAUCUCCACUCCCAAGGCAUAAUCUACCGAGACCUCAAACCCGAGAACAUCAUGCUCAACAGCCAGGGCCACAUCAAACUGACCGACUUUGGACUCUGCAAGGAGUCGAUCCAUGAGGGCGCUGUCACUCACACCUUCUGUGGCACCAUUGAGUACAUGGCCCCUGAGAUCCUCGUGCGCAGUGGCCACAACCGGGCUGUGGACUGGUGGAGUCUGGGGGCCCUGAUGUACGACAUGCUCACUGGAUCGCCACCCUUCACCGCAGAAAACCGGAAGAAAAUCAUGGAUAAGAUCAUCAAGGGGAAGUUGGCGCUGCCCGCCUACCUCACCGCAGAUGCCCGGGAUCUUGUCAAAAAGUUCCUGAAGCGGAAUCCCAGCCAGCGGAUUGGGGGUGGCCCAGGGGACGCUGCUGAUGUGCAGAGACACCCCUUCUUCCGGCACGUGAAUUGGGAUGACCUCCUUGCCCGCCGUGUGGACCCCCCUUUCAGGCCCUGUCUGCAGUCAGAGGAGGACGUGAGCCAGUUUGAUACCCGCUUCACACGGCAGACGCCCGUGGACAGUCCGGACGACACGGCCCUCAGUGAGAGCGCCGACCAGGCCUUCCUGGGCUUCACGUACGUGGCGCCCUCCGUUCUGGACAGCAUCAAGGAGGGCUUCUCUUUCCAGCCCAAGCUGCGCUCCCCCCGGCGCCUCAACAGCAGCCCCCGGACCCCUCUAAGCCCCCUCAAGUUCUCCCCCUUUGAGGGGUUCCGGCCCAGCCCCGGCCCGCCAGAGCCCAUGGAGCCACCUCUACCUCCAUUGCUGCCGCCACCGCCGCCGCCACCACCCUCGAGCACUGCCCCGCUCCCCAUCCGUCCCCCCUCAGGGACCAAGAAGUCCAAGCGGGGCCGUGCGCGCCCCGGGCGCUAGAAUCGGUGGGCAUGAGCAGCUGUUGGGGCCCCUCCCUGCAGGCCGUGCAGGCAGCAGGACUCGGGCCGUUCCACAGACCUCGGGUGUCUGUGGGUGGAGAGCGAGUGCGUGUCUUUGCGGGCGUGGCCAGGCCCCUGAAUCAUGGUUAUGGAGGGCUACAGGCUGCGACUGCUGGAGCAAGGGCUCCGCUGCCCCCCAGGCCCCAUACAGCUGUGCCUGUGGGGAAUUAAAGGACUGAAUCAUGGCA